AUGGAGUAUAACCUCAUCUUUAUGUAUCAAGCAAUCCUGGCGCUCCAGUGCGUGUUGUUUGAUUACCCCGAGGGCGACGAGAUGUGGGAAGAUGUCGCUCAGGCGGUAUUCCUCUCCAAGGAUCUGGCGCCUACAGUCAGAUUCAUCGCAUACCUCUUUGGCAAGCUCCAGUUCCGCUACCACGAGAUGGUCUGCGCAGGAACGGCGGUCGCUGCCCCCAAAACUCAUUUCUUGAGCCUCGUCGACGAGUUCAUACGAUUUUCGGUCAAACGAACUGCUCUGCACACGCCCAAUGCGGCAAGAAAGAACGGGCGCCGAGAGCUCGCCGUGGAGCACGCGACACGGUUGUUGGGUAAUCUCGCCAAUUAUCUCCUUGCUGUCCCGCUACCGAACGUCAAGCGGCCAGCAGAAAGCCUCUUGACCAUAGAACUGGGAAAAGGUGCAGACCAGGGUCAGUUCCAUCCCAAUUCCCUCCUUCCCGAUGAUCGCCUGAGCAAUGUCUGGAUAGUCGGUAUCAUGAAGAAUAAGGACGAGAGUAGGUCUAUUUCGAAUAACGGUCAGAGAAUUCAGGUUAGCCCCAAAGUCAGCCCCCAGCACGAGGGUGAGACCGCCGAGGGUGAAGAGGAUAGUAUGUUCAUAUUGAGCGCCGAGGAAAGGCGAAAAGGAAGGCCGUCAAGAAGGCCGAGAAGAGGGGAGAGACACCGAGUACCCCUGGCAGACAGAGACACGCCGACGUACCAAGCGCCGCCGCAUCGGAGCAAUUCGCUUACUUAUGAGGUUGAUUCUGGUACCGAGGUCGCUGUGCGGCCUAUGCACAAGGAGCUGCAGAGCCCGAAGAACGAGCUGACGCCUGUGAGGACGGAGCUCAAUGCUACGAAGAAGGAUCUUGACGAUACGAAGGCUGAGAUGAACGACUUCAAGAAGGAGCUGAUCGACACAAAGAAGGAACUCUCCGUUGAAAGAUCUCUGCGUGUGCGACUUGAAGAGAGAAUGUUCGCAUUGGAGAAGGUGGUCAAUGAGCUCAAAGGCUCGGUUUGA